GCCGGGCAGCCCACUUCUUAUGGCAGGUCUCUGAUUCAGAGGUUAGGAAUUUGCAUCUGAUUGCUAUUUGUCACCCAAUGAUUUGUCUACAUCCAGCCAUGAGCACGCCUUAGGCAGAAGGGGGAGGGGAAGGGGCCAGGGCUUGCAUUGCCUGAAAUGAGAAAUUUACCAAUCAGGCCAGAUAGGGGUGCAUUAAAACAAACACAAUUAAAAGAGAGAUACCGAAAAAAGAAAAAGAAACCAGGAGCGUCCAAGUUACUCGGCAGCAAGGUGGACCAGCUGCCGGGGGUCUCGCGGGCUGCCCCGAAGCUCCCCAGCAGAGAGCCAGCCCUGGGUUUGCGCAGACACCUGGAUGAAGCCGAAUUGGCCAAGGACUAGCGGGACCCAGCCCUACCACUGCAGCAGAGCCAGAGGAAGGAAGGAAGGAAGCCGCAGUCCAGCCUGGGGAGUGCCCGUCGAGCUAAGGGGCGUGCCAUGUCCAGGACUGCGCUGGCUGCCUGCUGAGCCAGAGGGGCAUUGGCCCUGAGGUGUGGCGUUUGCAGAGACUAACGGCCCUGGAGCGGGGGCUUGCAACCAGCUGAUUGCUCAGCGGGUCCCAUCCCUGGUCCCCAGGGAAACGUUCUGGUGUCAUCAGGGUGUCGGCCCCUCGAUGCAAAGCAGCCCCUAGUGUAACGCCUUGGGGCCCGCAUCCCCCAGUGCAGCGUGUCUGUGCGUUUCCCCCAAGGCAUUGCACCGUACUCCCUCGGGGGCAUUAUAACCCCCCUCCUCCCAGGGUACUGGACACCUCAGAUACCUCCCAGUCCAGGGCUUUCUACCCUCUUAGGAACUUGCCGGCCAGCUCCCCUGGGGCACUGCACCCCACAGGGCAUUGUCCUCCAGAUACCCUUCCCCUCCAGGACAUUGCAUCCUCAACUCCAGGGCAUUGCACCCCAGGUGCAUUGCCCGCCAACUCCCCCAGGGAGCUGCCCCCGGCUGGCAGAGCCAUGAAGCUGCAGGCGGUGAUGGAGAACCUGCAGCGGCAGCAGCGGGCGCGGCUGCAGCAGGAGCUGGAGGCGCGGCAGCAGGAGCAGCAGCGCUCCACGCCUCCCCCGCCAGCACUGCCCCCUCCGCCGCCCUCCGGACAGAACGUUGCCCUCCCUGCUGGGGCCUCGCUGUUGGCCCGUGGCCGCAGCCAGGACCCCGCCCCACCUGAGGAGGGGGUGGAGCUUGAGAGCGCCCGCAUCCAGCGGGCCCAGAUGGCUGCCCUGGCCGCUAUGCGGGCAGCAGCAGCUGGACUUAGCCACUCGCCCAGCCCGGGAAUGUCAGAUGAGAGCCAGGCCUCAGAGGAGGAAGAAGAGGAAGAGCAGGGGGAGGAGGAGGAGGAAGAUGGCGGGUACCAGCAGGAGAUGGGCUCGGAGGAAGAGGAGGAGCUGAAGCGCAAAUGGGAUGAAGAUGACUUCGAAGAGGACAUGGGGGAGGAGGAGGAGGAAGAGGAAGAAGAGGAGGAGGAAGAUUAUGAAGAGGAUGAAGAAAUGGGGGAGGAUGAAGGGCUGGGCUCCGCAGAAGCGGUGAGAUCUGGGCCGGGAUCUCUGCUUCUUCGCAAGCCGCAGGCCCCCCAGCCGUACCGAGGUGAGCCACAGAGGCUGCCGGGGGGCCAGGAGCGUCUGUCGUCUGGAUUGAGCCAUCAGGGGCACUUGCAGCUACAGCAGCAGGCUCCAGACCAUGGAGACUGGACUUACGAGGAGCAGUUCAAGCAAUUGUACGAGCUGGAUGGCGAUCCCAAGAGGAAAGAAUUCCUGGACGACCUCUUCAGCUUUAUGCAGAAGCGAGGGACGCCCGUCAACCGAAUCCCCAUCAUGGCCAAGCAAGUGCUGGACCUGUACAUGCUCUACGUGCUGGUGACCGAGAAAGGGGGCCUGGUGGAAGUGAUCAACAAGAAGCUGUGGCGGGAGAUCACCAAAGGGCUCAACCUGCCCACCUCCAUCACCAGCGCUGCCUUCACGCUACGCACUCAAUACAUGAAGUACCUGUACCCCUACGAGUGCGAGAAACGAGGCCUCAGCAACCCCAACGAGCUGCAGGCCGCCAUCGACAGCAACCGGCGAGAGGGCCGCCGGCAGGGCUUCGGGGGCUCCCUCUUCACCUACUCCCCCAGCGGCACCCCCAGCCUGCUCUCCUCCCCCAAGCUGCAAGUGCCUGGCCUGGGGCUGGCGGGGGCCACCAACGGCGGCCCCAUCGGCCCCGGGCAAAAGAUAAAGAAAGAAGAGGAUUCCCCCAUCCCAAUCACCAUGCCCAGCCGACUCCCUGUGUCCCUGGCUGGCCACCCGGUGGUAGCGGCCCAGGCAGCGGCCGUGCAGGCGGCCGCCGCUCAGGCCGCGGUGGCCGCUCAGGCCGCGGCCCUGGAGCAGCUGCGAGAGAAGCUGGAGUCCGGGGAGCCUCCGGAGAAGAAGCUGGCUCUGGUGACGGAUGAGCAGCAGAGGCUGAUGCAACGGGCCAUUCAGCAGAACCUCCUGGCCAUGACGGCACAGCUACCCAUGAGCAUCCGCAUUAACAGCCAAGGGACCCGCUCGCCAGAAAACCGUCAGGACUCCGGCAUGAGCCUGGCCAGCAACGGCACGAACAGCAUCAGCAUGUCAGUGGAGAUCAACGGCAUCGUCUAUACAGGUGUGUUGUUCGCACAGACCCCCGGCCCCUCAUCCUCCUCGCUCCCUUCCUCCGCCUACAGCAAAGGAAACAGCGGCAGCCGGAGCAGCAGCAGCAGCGGCGUGGGGGGCAGCAGCGGCGUCUCCCAGGCUGCCCCCGCUGGUUUGUCCGCCCCUCCAACCUCUACCUCUAAUAACUCUUCUUCGCCUUAACCCCCCUUCCCCCAACGGCAGCACCUCGUCUCACCAAAAGACACACACACAGAAUAAUAACACACAUGGAGCUUCUAUCACAGCUGAUGCCAAAAACCAAGCUUGCAUCUGGCUUUCCCGGGGGGUGGGGGGAGGAAGCCCCGUCUCCCACUCCUCCCGAGAGGACUGGAGAAAGUUUUGCAAGGAGAAAAGCUUUAAUCCAGGGGGUUUCAUUAAAAGCAGCCUGGACCCUGAGCCAGUCGUUACCCGUUCGCUUUGGAGGUGAUGCACCGUCCUCCCGGAACGCUUUACCUCACGACACCCCACUUUGCACUGUGCGUUUGUUUGUUUUAAUGUUGUUGUUUGAAGUUGUGUUCUUUUGGAUACCUCCAGACAGACACACAGUCGCACCGACGCCCGCGGACUUGUGUUUUUAAUGAAACCUCCCCACCUUCCUUUCCUUUUCUUUUUUUUAAACCAAAAACAACAUUUGCAAAAGCGGGAGGAAUUUUAGUCCUUUAAAUCUUUUUAAUUUUAAGAACUACACUCAAACUAUAUGGCAUUUUACGAGGUGGUUAUUUGGAUUUUUUUUUUUUGUUAAAUAGCUUCUAUUUUAUUCUCUAAAAAAAAAAAUCAAACCUUAACUCACAAAAAUGAUAUAUAUUAGCAUUCGUUCAGGGAAACAGGACUUGGAAACCUUGUGACCUCUUUUUCUUGUCAUCGUCGGAUGUUGAUCUUUGGUCGAGUUCGAGCCGCGCUACUUUCUUUUGAACACUGGUGACGCCCGAGGUUCGGGAGAGAGCCAGGGUGACCCCACCAAAUGAGCUCAGGUGUUCGUAUGCAGGGUGGAAGGGGGGGGGGGUUAAGCAAGCUCCGUUUGGAGAUCCUUAGGGUUGAAGUUGUGUCGUUGAUCUGCAGUUAUUAGGAGACGGUUUUGUAGAGCUGCCUCAUUGGGAAAAGUCUGCGUUUCUAGGAUCCGUUUCCUUCAGGGAUCCAGGUAAAGGGAUUAGGUGCCACCUCGUCAGCCUCUCCGCUCCGCUCCACAACUAGCUGUUGGACCUUGGUCCUCUAGGGGCUUGUGCCGGCCCUGAUCCAGAAAAGCUCUUACGCGCCUGCUGGACUUCAGGCAUCGCCUUGGUGACGCCGAAGGGGUUACUCGCUGCUCCAAGUCAAGCAGGUGCAUCACAGCGGUGCUUUGGAUCAGGGCCAGAGCGCACAGCCGGUGUAAAGCAGAGCUGUCCGCACGGCCAGCCUGCUUCCUUUGGGUCCUGCUUCAGCAAAGCGCGUGGUCGAGGCUCGCGGGCGGUAAGGGGACUUCAGCCAACGCUUUACAGUUUAGGUUUGAGAGCUGUGUGGAUGGGGCUGGGGGCAGCAGGGGGAAGGCAGUGCGUGUGGAUGUGUCGUUGCUUGACACCCGUAGCCUGUAGGUAACGAUACGCUUGCCCUCGCUGGCUGGAAUUCUCCAGGCGUAACCCGAGGGGCAGCAAAAGGUGCGAUUCCGGCUUGUAGGCUUCGGAGGCAAAAAACAGGUUUUGCAUCGCGAGACUGAACGGUAAAGCUACCUGAAUUCUACUUCCCAUCCCCAGUCCAGAGCACCCUCCCGCUCCCUGUGCCUCUUUUAUUCCCUCUGAUCUGGACCUACAUGAGAGGGAAUUAGGUUCCCAACUCCCAUUGACUUGCCCCUAAUUCCAUCUGGCCUCUUUGGAAAUCCCAGGCUUAAACUGAAUCUGUGGCACAACUGAUGCUGCACCAUUGAGGGAGGGGAGAGAGAGGGUCCCGCUUGCAGUUACCUGCAACUUGGCGUCAUCACAAGGGACCGGCUGGCCUGUUACACUUGGUCUGUUUUGUAUUUUUCUCGUGUGUUUGUUUAAUUUCUCGGUGGAGGAAAUUAACGUUGAUGACUCCUCUGCUUCCCCACCCCAUCCCCUCCCAGGGAACCCUGUUCCCAGGGGCUUACAGUACAAUUCUCUCCCUGUAAUUAGGUCCAGGGAGCAUAAUUUAAUGAGCUCUGCGCUGUGUGCCGUGUUCCUGACGUGAGUGCGGGGGCGGGGUUAUUCUGGAGGAGAAACUCCAUUUUAGAGACAAUCGAGGGCUUGCUGCAGAAUUCAUCUGAGGAGCCUAAAACAUCCCCAGCUGGGAAGUCCCCUGCAAGGUGCUGAGUGCCGUUAACUCCCACCGAAGCAGCUGCAUGUUGGACGUGCCCAGCACUUCUCAGGAUCGGGCCUUAAGCGUGUGUCCUGCCGUAGCCAUGCGUUUCCUCUGCCCUGUCCUGUGGCACCCGAGCAUCCUUACCUGCAUAAUAGUCCUAAAGGGCCUGAUGCUGAUUCUCAGCUGCUGUCAUUUUCGCUUCACGCCCACCCUCUGCGCUGGUGUAAGUGCUCUUGCACUGGUGAAAAUCUGUGCAAAGGGCAAAGCAAUGGACUGGAGACCCAAAGCCUCCCAGCUUGGCCUCUCUUGCAAACAACGGGGGUGGGGCGCUCUGGAUUUUUUUAAACAACCUCUUUUCCUGCUGAUUUUUGUGCUUUUCCAUUUGAUAAACCGGCUCCCAACCUCCCCAGCCUGUUUUUCUAGUCACAAGCCACUCUGACUGCCUCCAGCUCCCUGACCCUGCAUUCUGCCAGCAGCUACCCAGCCUGUUAGCUCGCUGCUCUGCUGGAAACCAGCACAGAGAAUCUCGUACUACAAUGUAGAAUCCAGAUUGUACACAUGCCCUCUCCGUCCCCCCGCUUCUUUCGCCAGAUUCUAGAUACUUGUGACACCUCAUCGUCCGCUCAGGGCUGAAACAGCAAACUGGUUCUUCGUAGGUUUCGUUUCUUUUCUUUUUUUUUGGACAGGUGAAGAAAAUAACCAGAAAAAUCAGGUGUACUAGAUAAAAGUCAAUGAGGUUCCUGCUUUCCAUCUUUCUGCACCAUUUUCUGUCUGGGUCGGCCGUAGCAUGCAGGGGGGCGGAACUCUUUCCUGAUGUCUCCUACGGUGUCGCUGGCGAAAAGCAGAUGUCAGGACUAGAUAUUGUCAGACGGGCUCAGUGCUCUUUUGCGGCACUGAAAUAAGUGGGCAGAUUGUCAAAGGAAUCCAGCAGGUUGGGUCGUGAGCGUUUUGUGAAAACUGAUCCGAGGUGUCCCAAUAGAAGCUGAGCACUCGUGCUGUUCUAGCCCCGGUGGCGGGCAUUGAGCAUUGAAAAUGUGGCCCCAUACCCCAAGAUUUUUCCUUCUCAGGCCUUUGGUGCUCCCUGUGCUGCUAGGCGGACGAGGGUGGGAGCGCUGCCAUGAAACAUAUUGUUGCAGUGAUAUUUUUAGAGUGUGCACUGGGAUUGGGUUUUUUUUUUUUAAUUCUCCACACUGAAUGUUAAAGAGACACCCUGGGCUCUCCGCAUAGCUGUCUGAACAAGUUCCCCUGGCGUUGCUGCCGCUAACCUGUUGCUCCCUGAAGGAGAUUAGAGACAGGACAAAAUCCCUCUGGGUUAUUUUUAGUUUGUUUUCCUCUGUGCAUCUGACAGCGCUUUGUGUGUGGUCAGUUUCACUGUUUUCCCCCCUCUGCGGGGCCUGAGCCAAAGCCCACUUCAGUUUCCACUGACUUUGGUCAAGCCCCUAGCGCCUCAGUUUCCCUUCCUCAGAGUGGAUCUUAAGGGGAUUGGGAAAGCAGGGAAAUUGGCAGAGGGACUGCAGAGCAGGUGCAAAACCCUCCUGCUGCCUCCAGGUCAUUGAAAUUGACAAGAUCUCAAGCUGAUUGGGUCCCUCCAUAAACGGUCCCUUAAAGCUCCCCUGAGUGGCUUCCUGAAACCAAGUGGUCACUGAACCCAGGUAUUCGUGCCAGCAGACCCACCUCCCAUCUAGCUGGGAUCUAGCCAGGAUCUCCCUCUCAUGGAAACAGCAGGAUGGUCGUGACCCCUAGGUUUUGUCAUAUACGGUAAUUCUUCCUCUGGGGGUGGGGCAGGGAAUGUUGAAGCUGUAACACGUUCUCUAGGCCAGGAUGGUUUGUACCAAUAUCAUUAUGGCAGUUAGGAGUAUGACUUAUUACCAUUAUAGCUAUACCAGUACAGCUCCUAGUGUGGCUACAGUAAAGCCAGUAUAAAGGUGACCAGUAGAGUUAUUUCCCUUCUCCUACAGCAAGAGCACCUUCUUUCUACCUGUGUAACUGCGUCCCCACUAGUGGGGUUAUGCUGCUUUAACUAUACCUGUCUACCUGGGGCGGGAGGAUCCCCGAAGCUGCUUAAACGUGAUGCAGAAAGAGGCUGGAUUUAAUCCUGUUAAAUGUUAAAAGCUCUGUGGUUCAAGCGUUAAUCAGCUUUGUCAGGCAGAGGGAGAGGGCACCCUCUGGGGUGGAGUGGAGAUUUGUCCUCUUUCCCGGCCUUACACUUGAGAGUGGGCUCCUCUCUUUUCCCUGGGGAAAUGUGACCGCUACGGUGCAUGUAUCCGCUUUGCAGGGUACAUACCUGUGAUGCACGGGGUCCUGUUGAGCCCUGGGAUAAGUGGGUGCAGCCCCUGUUGAUUUCAGUGGGCUUGGCAUUUGCUUAGGCCACGGCUGACGUUGGUCUCCAGUGCCUGCCGCGGAAGAAAAGCGGCUGCUCCCGGGUGGCGGGAGAGCAUCGUUGUGAGUGUUGUGAGCUGUGUUCCGCUAAGUGGGAUGCUGACGUUGCUGAGCCAGCCAGAGGGGAAUGCUGGGGGUUCCCUGUUCCCAACUAACCAGGCCUGGAUCUGCUCCAUUACAGCCCUGCAUGCCGAGCCAUGGGGCCUCACUGCUCAGCUGGGGACCCGUUUGGCAAUCCUCACUGCCUGUUGGUCGCACCCAUGCCAGUAACCCCCCAGUAAAAACAGGGCCUGGCUUGGCUACUCCUUUAUUUCCCUGACUGCUGAGAUCCUGGGAGGAGGUUGUGCCUUUCUGGGAGGUGCCCAGGCUUCUCAGGUGGCCGAAGGCAUCUUGGCCUCCCGGAGAAUCUGGCUAGAAAUGCGCUCUCUGUUUAGACUUGUCACUCAAGUGCCCCUUUGACCUUAGAGGCCAGGGGACGUGUAUCCUCAUCAAGCCGCUCCCCUCUGUUUCGUCCAGCCCGGCCGUUGCAUCUUUUCUUUUUAACCAGGCAGCUGUUUUGUAUUUACAAAAACUCUCCCCGAUCUCUAGGUUAAUGAUGCUGCGGUAGCUCCUUCUGGAGCACCCGGGAUCAAACCCAUUGACGCCAACUCUCCCAUUGACUCGGAGCGAGCCAGAUUUAUGUGCCUUGGUCGGCUGGGCUGCCAAUUGCUUGUUGAUGCUCUCAGUGGCAAUUAGCAUCUCACUCCCUGGCCCCUUCUCCCCGCAUGGCUGCUAGAUUCCUGGCAUGACCGUCCCUCCGUAGGCAGCACAGCAACGAGUCAGACCGCCAGUGGCUUCUAUACCAAGAGCCAGGUGGGCACGAUCGCCAAGGAGCGCCCUUUUUAAUGCCCUAUGGGACAGCUCCUGCAGAGAAUCCAAGCUAGCGUCCAUCGCUCUCUGCCGCCGCUCUAGCGGGGAGAAUAGGGAGCGAGGGGAUUUGGUGAGCGAGGACCAGCUGUAGCAGCAGGCCAUCGGCGAUACAAGCUCCCGUCAUGGAGAAAGCAGGGUGUUUUUAUAGAGGGAGGGCUCACUCGACUUUCUCAGCCAGCCGCCAGAAUCCAUUGAAGUCAACGGCACAGCUCCCACUGACUGCAGGGGGCUUUGGAUGGAGCCUGGUGCCACUUGUGAUUAUAGAUCUCUGUACUUUAACAGACUGUUUCGGAGUGCUCCCCUCUUGUCCUGUGCAGACGCACAGAAAGUUACGGCCCUUUGCCCCAUUGCCGUUUUCCUCCCCUGCCUGCUAGCCCCAAACGCCUUCUGGUUCCUUUUGCUGCGUCAUGGUUUUGGAAGCCGCCCUGGGCUGCUGCCCUCGGAGCUCCAUUUUCAUGGAGCCCGGGCAGCUUUGAACGGGGAACUGCCAAGCUAAAGUGAAAAGUGGAGCUCAGCCCAGAGAUAGGAGCUGGCUGCUCCCCGCUAGCCGGCACCGUAACACGGGGCUUCAUCCCUCCUGCGGAAACCUUCCAGCACUUCCUGGGUCUCGCCUCGGUCCGCCCCAGUCACCCAAGCCCUUUGAUGUGCUUGGCUGAAUCAGGGGCUGGGUGUGUUUGCUGGUGUCCGAUGUCACAGAGCGAUGCGGCCUCAAGCAAACCAAGAGCCACCCCUGUAGCCUGACAAACGGGACCGAUUUCUAGAGUGUUCAGUUCCCCUUCCAGCUGGGCAGUUCGCUCUUUACGCUCCUGCCGUGGAAUUGACCCUGCACGCUGGGACCAGCAACCCUGCUAACCCGCAGCCAACGUUCAGUAUGCAACUCAGGCGAGAUCAAAGAUCCCGAAACCCUCUCUCGGUAGUUAGAUAAAACUAAGGGUUUUCCCCUCUCCCACCUCCUCAAUGCCAAAACCUGUAGCUAGAGAAGACUUAUGAGCACAGACCGUACAUUUGACUUCAUCGCUGAGGGGAUCUGUGGCUGUUCUCAGCCCGUGUUGGGUGCAGGACCAGUGAGGUGGCAUCUCUGCUCUCCAGACGCCCUAGCCAGUCAGGCCCUUGAGACUUGGCUCUGUGCCUGGCCUGGAAACGUAUCCUGUCUCAGAACGAAGGCGUUGCUCGCCUUGUAUAAGGAGCCUUAGAAAGCGGGGUGGGUUGGGGGUGGGAGAAAUUCUAUGUCAAAUUCUAUAUCUCGUGUGUGUUUUGAGUGUGCGUAUAAAGCAAAACCAACCAACCUUCGGGGUAAAACGUGUUUCUUAUGCAAUCUGGGCUCUCGGAGCAAGAGCAGGAUUGUAACUCAGGGGAAAAAGACCCGCUGGAUCUGAUUGUACUGGGUAUGGGGGGGGUGGGGGGGAGAAGGGGCAGGGCAGGAUUUGCUUGCUGUGUCAUUUAUUUUAAGUUCCAGUUAUUUGGGGGGCGGGGGGAAAGGAGGUGUGAUUUCUUAGCCCUGAUUUUUUUUAUCCAGGAGAAACUUGCCUUAAAGUUGCCCAGCACGGCGGGUGGGUGACCUGGGUUUCUCCCCAGUGCUGGCUCCGUAGGAGAGGCAGCUUUGCUAGCGUUGCUUCCAGCUUGUCUCUGCCCUGCUCUCGCUGCAGGAGGCUGUGCGGCCGCAAGGAAACCUGGACCCGAGCACUACUGAGAUACUUGACUUCAGAAAGGGCUGCGUGCAUCUUUGUGGGCCUGCUGCCUCGGGGCUGCGUGGGUGUGUGCCCGAGGGAGAUCCCGAGGGGGACCCUCAAGUUCCACACCGGGGACAGCUAGUGUGUGGAAAGGGCUUGUCUCCCACACUGCCUCGCCGGUGGGCACGCUCUGCCUCUGGGCUGCCCCGGCUUCUACCGGCAGCUAACCCAGGAGCCCCUGAGCAGGCCACACAUCCGGGGGGAACGGGUACAGGGACUGGAGGGGCCUACAGCGCAGACAAGCCACAGGGCACCUCUGCGUGCCAAACACUGGACAACCCAAGAGUCAUUCCCUACCCCAUCCCCUUAACUCUGGUUCGUGGCCCCCAAAUCCCCACUAGCCCGCAGUUCUGCUGAGCCCACCUGCUCACUUCUGAAGGUCUGGCUAGGACGAUGCCGUGGAGCGCUUGCCGCUAGGACUCCAACGUGCUGUUUUAGGGCCAGCCUGACGACCUUCAAAGAGAAAUCCGGCGGGAUGGCCCCCAGAGAACUCUUUUGUCACUGGUUUUUGUGCUGGGGUAGGGGGGUGUUUAGAUUUUUAGUAGGUUUUGCAUUUGUACAGUCCCUGUUUUAUUCCUCUCCUCACCCCCCCACACACCCCCACUAAUUUUUUGGUUGGGUUUUUUGAGUUUUUUUGGGGGGGGGGCAGGGAGAGCAUAUUACAUUCAGCUCUUUAUUCCUUUUUGCAUAUCGAUUUAAAAAAAAAUUCAGUUUCUCUGGGGUGUGAAAGGCAAAAGGAAUGAACACAGCUGCAGACGCAAUUAUACAGCAUGUAGAUCUUAACUCAGGUAAAAAACAAAAACACAAAAAAAAGAAUAAAAACCACAUUCUACCUCUGAUAAUGGCGGGCCUCAGGCUGCCUGUCCUGGGAAUCCCGCGGUGAAAUAUUUCAGUUUUGCAGACAUUCAGGUAUUAAAACGUUGUGAUUAUUAAAUAAAAUAAAAUAAAAACACUGAAAGUUUACAUUUUAUAAUAACAUUAUUAUACAGAUUGUAUUUAAACUUCAGAAUAUUUAAGACAAUUGUAACCCUGUAAAGUUGAUGAAAUAUUAAAAACAAAAACAAAAAUCUGACUUUUAAAA